AUGGCAAGAUCUCGAUGCACCUCUUGUGGUCUUCUUCGCCGACGUUGCCAAUGUCGCCGGCAAACUCCAACGUCAACAGUUUCCGACGAGCCCACCGAGAUAACUCCAGCUUGUUGCUGCGCUUACUACCUCUGUAUCACUAUUUUCCUCCUCGUUUUUCCUCUCAUCACUAUCGUUAUUGGAAAAAAAUUUGACGGCAAAAAUAGUUGUUACUUGGAGCUUUUUGCCGAUACCGUAUCCGUCUCAAACGCAAACGCAAACGUAAACGCAAAAGCAAACACAAACGUUUCAGCCGCCCAAUGGAGAAUCGGUUUUGUUGCGAGGAGUCCAGUCACCGACUGUAAAAUCUCUCUGCAUCCAAUCAAAUCGCGUUUACUCCGAGGCGACGAAGUUAUCGCCAAAUCAUCAUCUCGAUCGACGGAUCAUUUCGGACAAGUUGUCGAUGGAGACAAAACAAACGUCGUUUUCGAAACGGUGGAAGUGAUGCCGGAAGUUAUUGGCGACGUGAUUUAG